AUGGUAUCGAACUUCCGGUUCUUCAGGCGGGCUGGAGACGUGUUGAGCGAGGGGUAUCGCGCAUGUAAGGACAAGAUCUUCCAAUUCCGACGAGCCGACACAGACAUGCUUGUCUUGCCUCCAAAGUAUGUCGACGAUAUCAGGAAGCUUCCAAGCCAUGUCGCCAGUCCAACAGUGGCACACGUGCACAAUCUUAUGGGCUCUUCCACCAACAUGCAUAUCAUCCUUCAGAGCAAUCUGCAUUUCCGCACCCUCCAGCUGAAACUGACGCCGAACCUGAAUUCCUUGACGGCACCCAUGCAGGACGAGGUCAACUAUGCAGUAGAGAAGGAACUAACCACGUCUGAAGACGAAUGGGUCACCAUCAAACCCUAUCACACGGUCCUUGAUUUUGUGGCCCGCGUCAGUGCUCGCAUUUUUCUUGGUCUGCCCCUGUGUCGGAACCCCAAAUGGCUAGAAGUGUCUACCCAGUUUACCGAAAACGUUUUUGUCUCCCUUGUCUUCCUGCGGCUGUUCCCUAUCUGGACCCACAAGCUCCUCAGCUGGUUCAUGCCCUCAUCCUAUCGAGGAAAUGCAUACGUCCGGAGAGCCAAGAAGCUCCUUGUCCCCGAGAUCCUUCGGCGAAGGGAGCAGGAGCUUAAUGAAUCCCAGCCACCAGAAGAGAGCAAGAAUAACCUUCUGUCCUGGAUGAUGGAGAUUGCCACACCCGAAGAAAGCAAGCCUGCGUCUCUAGCGCACCUGGAGGUCGUCCUCUCACUCGCCUCCAUCCACACCUCCCAGAUGAACGCGGUCCACGUCCUCUACGAUCUCCUCGCCCACCCAGAAUACCUCGAUCCCAUCCGCCAGGAAAUCAAAGACGUGGUCCUAGAAGAAGGUCCCUGGAUGCAGUGGCAGAAGUCAGCAUUCUCCAAGCUCCGCAAGCUCGACUCCUUCAUGCGCGAGUCCCAACGCUUCAACCCACCAACCCUUCUAUCCAUGCACCGCGUUCUUCUCCAAGACGCCCAGCUCUCCGACGGAGUCCGCCUCCCAAAGGGCGCGCACAUCAGCAUGGCCGUCAACGAUAUCCAAAACGACCCGGCCGUGACCCCGGAUCCCGAGAAAUUUGACGGCUUCCGCUACUACCGGCUCCGCCAACGCGAAGGAGAGGGUCAUCUUCAUCAGUUCUCGACAACGCAGGAGCGGGUUCUGAAUUUCGGACAUGGUCAAAACGCGUGCCCGGGUCGCUUCUUCGCUAGCUUGGAAAUCAAAAUCAUCCUGGUUCGUCUGCUCAUGGACUACGAGUUUAAAUUCAAGCAUGGGAAUAAACGCCCCGAGAACUUGCGCGCCCAUGAGUUUAUCUUCCCCAAUCCUGAUGCGGAGAUCCUGAUGCGGCGUCGGCCUGCGUCGGAGCGUUUGCAGCUUUGA